AUGCUCUCCGCGUUUACAGCCCGCCCGAUUAUCGAGCUCCGGCAGCGAGACAAGUCCAAGAUUGAGACUAUUCUGGCACAUGGCGACCGUAUUCUCGUCGGACUCAACAGUGGCGCUCUGCGCGUCUACAGAUUGAAUGAUCCUUCCUGGCACCAAGCAGCUGAAUCGCCAUCAACCAUCGAUCGCGGAGCCGGCAAUGCAAGGCCCGCACAGAACGGGAGUCCACCAGCCUCGCGACCGUUAGGCAAACCCACAGACUUGCUACGUGAGGUAGAGAAGUUCUCGACACGUGCCAUCGAUCAACUCGCAAUCAUCAAGGAAGCCAAUAUCAUCAUCUCCCUGUCGAACUACUACGUGUCGCUGCACGACCUACAGAAUUACGACCAUAUAGAAACCCUAGACCGGACAAAAAAUGCCUCGUGCUUUGCCGUGACGUCCAACAUCAUCAAGGACCAAGACACGGGGAUUCCGGAAAUCAUCAGCCGGUUGGCAGUCGCGGUGAAGCGAAGACUCUUGUUGUGGAAUUGGCAUGAAAGCGAGCUUAGCGAGGAUGUGGCGGAAAUCGUCCUCUCGGAAUCUAUCCGAUCCAUCACUUGGGCCAACGCAACAAAGCUCGUAUGUGGGAUGAACAGUGGCUAUGUUGUUGUUGAUGUUCUUUCUCGGGACGUCAUCGACAUUGUGAGCCCAGGCGCAGUUGGCAUCAACGGCCAGGGAAGUCGGUUUGGGGCUGUGAGCACAGCUGGCAUGGGCUACAUGGGCUUGGGAGGAUAUACCCCGAAACCGCUGGCCACGAGGCUUUCCGAGGGCCAGCUGUUACUCGCAAAGGACAUUAAUACCAUGUUUGUCAACGAUAGUGGCAAGCCGCUCGAGAAGCGGCAAAUACCGUGGACAUCGACCCCCGAGUCCAUCGGAUAUUCAUACCCGUACAUUUUGGCACUGCAGCCUCCUGCCAAGGGGUCUUUGGAAGUUCGCAACCCGGAUACGUUGUCCUUGAUGCAGACUGUGUUGCUUCCUGGAGCCGCCCAACUUCAUUUCCCUCCCCCGACGGUCAGCUUGGCGCACGCCGGGAAGGGGUUCCAUGUCUCUAGCGAUCGAUGCGUGUGGAAGAUGGACGCCACCGAUUACGAUUCCCAAGUUGCAGAACUCAUCCAGAGCGGCAACUUUGACGAAGCAAUUAGUGUUCUGAACAUGCUCGAGGAUGCUUUGCUCAAAGACAAAGUCGAUACUUUGCGAGAAGUCAAAAUGCUCAAGGCGGAGAUGCUGUUUAAGAAGAAAAAGUUCCGCCGGGCAAUGGACUUGAUGAACGAGGAUGACGUUCACGCACCGCCGGAGAGGGUUUUGCGAUUAUUUCCUCCAGUUAUAUCUGGAAACUGGUCACAAUGGGCAGAAGACGCACAAGACGAUGAUGCGGAUGCGAAUACAGCCAAGACUACCAACGGCGAAAGACCAGACGGUCGCGAGGGUGAGGGUGGUGGUGCUACUUCUGCAGCAAAUGUUGGCGGUUUUGCAAAGUUGUUCUUGAGCAGUCAUAAGAAGGCUGCAUCAGACGCUGCGUCGGUCGCCUCCAAAAAGGACGGGGCUGACGUGGAGGGUACGGACAUCGCCAAGCAAGUACAUGGCACCGAUGACAAACCUCUCGAGGGUAAGGACCUCAAGAACGCCGUCUUGGAACUCAACAGCUACUUGGCCGGUACCAGAGCCAGGCUCCAACGUUACAUCGACCCUGUGACGGGAAAGUUGAGGGAUCAAGAAGAUGGGAAACGGACUGUUGAGGAAGCGGCGGAGCGAUUCCUGAGAAGCACACAGACAGAGUCGGAAAAGAAGCUGGAGGAAGAACUUCGGAACACGUUCCGCUUGGUUGACACGACCCUUUUCAGAGCCUACAUGUUCUCGCAACCUUCGUUGGCGGGCUCGCUCUUCCGAAUACCGAAUUUCUGCGACCCGGAAGUGGUGAACGAAGCGUUGCUGGCGCACAACAGAUAUACCGAGCUGAUUGACUUCUUCUACGGCAAGAAACUGCACAGGCAGGCUUUGGGUCUUCUCCAUAGGUUUGGGUCACCGACAAAGCCUGAUGAAGCAGCACCGACUUUGCACGGGCCGGAUCGCACAAUCGAGUACCUGAAGAACUUGCCGCCCUCUGAGAUCGAUCUCAUUAUUGAACACGCUGGGUGGGCACUUGAGAGCAGCCCGGCGUACGGCAUGGAAAUCUUCACUGGAGACACAGAAAAUGCGGAAACAUUACCUCGCGACAGAGUCAUAGCAUUUCUUCGAACUGUCGAUCAUCGGCUGGAGAGACUGUAUCUAGAGCACAUCAUCAACGAGUUGGAUGACACAACGCACGACUUUCAUAAUCGGCUGGUGAAACUGUAUGUCGAGGCCCUUGAAGGGAUGAAGAAGAAUGAGGAAUGGGACGAAAUCAUGACCAAGUUUGUGACGUUCCUACGUGACUCUCGGCAGGUAUACAGCCUCACGAGGGCGCUGGGGAUGAUUCCCAAAGAAGAUCCGUCAUUCUAUGAAGCGCAGGCCGUUAUUCUGAGCAACAUGGGCCAGCACAGGAAAGCACUGGAGAUAUACGUGUUCAAGAUGCAAGACUAUGCAAAAGCAGAAGAGUAUUGCAACCGAGUGUACAAGUCACAGGAUGCGACGCUAUCAUCACCGUUGAACGCCAAGGAUAGUGCAUCGGUUGACACGGACGACUCGACACAGUCAAUCUACCACAUACUAUUAUCAUUGUAUCUCAAGCCGGCGCCGCCGCAGGUGGCGCAACUGGGGCCAGCUUUGGAUCUUUUGUCCAAACAUGGCUCUCGACUUCCAGCCACAUCAACCCUCAGCCUGAUUCCCGACGAUCUUCCCGUCCACUCCCUGGAAUCCUACUUCCGCGGGCGCAUACGAUCCGCGAACAGCCUGGUCAACGAGUCUCGGAUCAUUGCUGGCUUGCGAAAAGCCGAGCAGAUUGCUAUUGCAGCACGCCUGAAUGUUGGCGACGGUGAAAUCAGCGGCCAGGGCGGGCGAAACCGGCAUGUCACCAUCACUGAUGAGCGUCACUGUUUUGUCUGCCACAAGAAGCUGGGCGGAGGCAUGCGAUUUGGUGGAAGCGUCGUGGCCGUCUUGCCCGACAAUAGCGUGGUGCAUUACGGCUGUUUGAACAGGGCGUUGGGUCAAAAAAAGGCUGAUGGUUGA